UGUCCCACAGCUCUGUGGGAAGUUGUCGGUGUCUCACCUUUGUGUGACACUCCGGUGUUGUCGGUGAACUGUCGCCAGGACCUGGCGUGGUGAACAGAAACCGGUCGGUAAGUUCCACUGCAGGUCUCACCAGUUUUUCUGGUCUGUCAAAACCACCUGCUCGACAGCAGCUCUCUCCCAGCAGCAAACAGACUUGACCUCUGACCUCUCAAUCAUACUUCCCCUCGACUCAGGGGAGGUGAAGUCAUGUUCAGACUCCUCAGUCACCACAGUAAGAGGACGCGGGGCUGCCUCGCAGGCCAGCGCCGCUAUGAGCACCACACUGCCAUCAUGGCCAUCCGCCGUGAGGACAUCAACCCCUGGGAGAGGAGGGCGCCGCUGGCCCCACGACAUGUUAAAGAGCUCACCAAUGCAGGCGUCAAGGUUCUGGUCCAGCCAUCCAACCGUAGAUCGAUCCACGAGAAGUACUACGAGAGGGCCGGGGCCAUCAUCCAGGAGGACCUCUCGGAGGCGUCUCUGAUAAUCGGGGUGAAGAGGCCGCCGGAGGAGAAGGUCAUUCCCAGGAAGACAUACGCUUUCUUCUCCCACACCAUCAAAGCUCAGGAGGCCAACAUGGGUCUCCUGGAGGACCUGCUGAAGAAGGAGGUUCGUCUGAUCGACUACGAGAAGAUGGUCGAUGCUAAUGGCUUCCGGAUUGUUGCGUUUGGUCAGUGGGCCGGUCUCGCAGGAAUGAUUAACAUCUUGCAUGGGUUGGGGCUGCGCUUCCUGGCUCUCGGGCAUCACACUCCCUUCAUGCACAUUGGCAUGGCUCACAACUACAGGAACGUCAGCCAGGCCAUCCAGGCAGUUAGGGAUUGUGGGUAUGAGAUUUCCACGGGGCUCAUGCCCAAAUCUAUCGGUCCAGUGACAUUUUGUUUCACCGGCACGGGCAACGUCUCCAAGGGAGCCCAAGACAUCCUGAACGAGCUUCCUGUUGAAUACGUUGAACCUCACGAGUUAAAGGAGGUCUCUCAAACAGGAGAUAUGACCAAAGUCUACGCCACCGUCCUGAGCCGACAUCACCACCUGGUGAGGAAGAGCGACGGCUUUUAUGACCCCAUGGAGUACGAGGACCACCCGGAACUUUACACCUCACACUUCAGGACCAGCGCUAUAAUCACCUCAAACGGAGUCCUCACCCCAAAGUUUGAAUACAUUCAAAAGCUUCGAGAAACAAGGGAGAAGGCUCAGAUCCUGAAGGAGAGCGGGAUGAAGCGUGUUCUGCUGCUGGGUUCAGGAUACGUCUCCGGACCUGUGGUUGAGUAUCUGACUCGCGAUGAGAGGACCCAGGUCACUGUUGCGUCGAUGCUGCUGAAGCAGGCAGAGGAGCUGGCAGCCAAAUAUCCCAACACCAUCCCCGUCAUGCUGGACGCUGGCAGCCAGGAAGGACACCUGGACUCCCUGGUCAAAGAUCAUGACUUAGUCAUCAGCAUGCUGCCGUACUCGCUUCACCCGCUCAUCGCCAAACACUGCAUCAAGAGGAAGGUCAACAUGGUGACAGCGAGCUACCUGAGUCCUGCCAUGAAGGAGCUGCAGAGCAGUGCGGAAGAGGCGGGCAUCACCAUAGUGAAUGAGAUGGGACUGGACCCGGGUAUCGAUCACAUGCUGGCCAUGGAGUGUAUCGACAAGGCCAAAGCUGACGGCUGCACCGUGGAGUCCUACAGCUCGUUCUGUGGAGGUCUUCCUGCUCCAGAGUGUUCAGACAAUCCUCUUCGCUACAAGUUCAGCUGGAGUCCAUAUGGCGUCCUCUUAAACACCAUCAGCCCCGCCAUCUUCCUCAGAGACAACGAGGUGGUGAGCAUCCCGGCUGGCGGCGCUCUGAUGGAGUCUACCACGCCGAUGGAUUUCCUUCCUGGUUUCAACCUGGAGGGAUUUCCAAACCGCGACAGCACCAAGUACGCCGAGCCUUACGGCAUCCAGUCUGCACACACACUGAUCAGAGGAACGCUGCGCUUCAGGGGUUUCUCCAAGGCCAUGAGUGGGUUUGUCAAACUGGGUCUAAUAAACAGUGAGCCAUGUCCCAUCCUGCAGCAUACUUCGUCUCCUGUUUCCUGGAGAGACCUCCUCUGUAAGCAGAUGGAUUUGUCCUCCUCCAUUUCCCAAGAUGCCUUUGAAGAAGCCGUGUAUGAGCGCAUCGGAAAGGACGACUUUGUGAUGGACGCCCUGAGAUGGUUUGGGAUGCUGAGUGAUGACGAGUUGGUGCUUCACGCCGACAACGUGCUGGCUGCUCUGACAAAACAUCUGGAAGUCAAACUCUCGUUUGAUAAGGGCGAGCGAGACAUGAUCAUCAUGAGGAACGAUGUCGGGCUUCGCCACCCAACUGGCGAGCUGGAGACCAAACACAUCAGCCUGGUGGUUUACGGUGACCCCAGCGGCUUCUCUGCCAUGGCCAAGACUGUAGGAUACCCAGCAGCCAUUGCUGCUCGCAUGGUCCUUGAUGGUGAAAUCACUGCAAAGGGAUUAGUGACUCCGAUGACGAAGGAUAUCUACGGGCCGGCUCUGGCCAGACUGAAGGAGGAAGGACUUCAAUUCAUAUCUAAGAGCACCGUGCUGGAGUAAAGCCUGGCCUUCAAAGAGAGCAGAUCAGUAAUCACUGUAAAUACAGAGAAACUUUAUGACAACCACGUUGUCAGCUGCCUUUUCACCAGCUUUAUCCAAACUGGAUUUUCCGACAGACUCAGACUCAACUGUCUAGUGAUGUUUAAAAAUCUAUUUUAAUCUUACUGGCCAGAGGCUGAUAGAAUAAAUAUUAGUUAUGUCUUUUUUUUCCUUCAAAUAAAUAUGUAAAAGGUUAAAAAGGGGGGAAAAGUUUGAAAGAAGGAAAAAAGCCAAACGUUGUUUUUAUUGUGUUGAAAUGAAAUUUAGAACAAUUUGGUGAUGCUUUAAAUUUGUUUUAGGUCAAAAAACUGAAGAGGCAGCUGGUGAUGAUAUUAAGUAAUCUGUAUCUGAUAAUAAGCAUCUGAGUUUGGUUAAAUGCGCCAAUCUGUGCCAAACUGAAAUAGUUACAGUUUAGUUUCAGAGAAAAGUUCUGUGAAGCUGUGCCCACUAAUCCAACAGUAUUUAUGGCAUUAAAAAUUUAAAGCAUUAAAAAGCACACAUGUGGUCUCAUAAAUCAAGUUUAACUACUGUAGAAAUCAGGUCCGACUGUUCAAACUGUGAUGGAUGUUUUGACUAUCCACUGUAAAACUAGUUUACACUUGGGUAUUAUAAAGUAACCUGAACCUGAGACUGUUCCUGGAGACUCGAUGGUUAAUUCUGACAUCUAACAUAAAAACCAAUGAAGCACUCAUCGCAAGCGUUGAGCGGUUUAGAAACAAAAUGAAACGUUAAAUAUUUUUUACAUUUUAAGUACAAUACAGUAACAUAAAAACAAUGGACCAGUACAUAAAAACACUGUUGAAAACUGUUUUUGAUCAGUUUGUUGACAGUUUUCAGACCAGGUGUACAGGAAUGCCUCUCAGCCUUGCUUCCAAUUUUUUCUUGUGUCCACCAUAUAACAGUGAGAAAAUCACCUGUGGCCCAAAAAGCAUUUCCCCCCUAGGCCACCAUUAUAAAAGAGACAUCUCUUAAAAUAGACAUGACACCGCAAACUGCAAACAAGGUUAAUUUUGUCUCUGGAAUUUUUGAUCCAUACAGAUUUUAUGUUUGUAAAACUUUCCUCAAGUUGAGAAAAGAGAUUAAAAAAUCUGUGUAGGGCCGGACCAGCAGCACUACUGCGUGUAUUCAGGGGGCUGCAUAUUGUGAAAGUAAACCUGGAAGGUAGAAACUUUUGGGGUAUACGCCAGGCGAGCGUUUCUCACUGGACUGAAUAUGUGCUAUCUUGGGGUCCAGUACCUAGAUAAAAUAACACAUCCACAUGACAGACGGCUAAGGGCUUGUUUAUACUCCCUUUACGUACGAAAAAAGAUGCAUCUGUUUCAAACGAUGUAAACGUAACUGCCCCCUCCCCUUAAUUCCAUUGGUCAUUUAUGAUGGAACAGAUACAGCCAAUAGAGGGCACCAAAGGGCGGAGUCAAAAGUUUUUAUCAGAACAUUUGUUUUGUAGAUUGUAGUUGGUUAGAAAUAGAGAUGCACUGAUUUAUUGGCUGCCCAUCGUUAUCAGACGAUAUUCGCCUUGUUGACUGCCAUCGGUGUAUCUGCAAAUAAGAUGGCAUUCACCGAUAGCAGUGGCCGAUGUUUUUCUGUUGUGUCACAUCAGUUUUGCGCAGGCUAAAAUGCAUUACUCGAAACUAUUGGCAUCCUCUUGUCCCUGGGACAAUAGAGAACAUAUUUGGGAUGAACAGAGAUCUUCCCCAGGACACCGUUGGGACGAAACGGCGCCAUAAACUCAUUAUUGACAUGUGAGGGAACUCACCCCAUUGUUUUCCUGAUAAUACCAGUUGUAAAGAACAAAUCUGUGUUUUCAUCGGCAGGAGGGGGAGAGCUAGUUAACGUUUGCUGUUAGCAGUCAUUGACUGUAACUAACUGCUCUGGUUGAUUUUCCUGAUGUGUUUGAUUACAUCAUGAUGCCUUCAAGGUCUGUUUGGUAAAAAUGAGGAUUUGGCAACGGUAAAUUAUAACGCUGUCAUGAUGUGCUCAAAUUUAAUCUUGUAAAAUGUAGUUUUUUGCAAGAAACUUGAAUAAAUAUACAGCUAUUCGAAGGAGAAAUUUGUUUAUAAAAUAUAUAUCAGAGAGGAAAUUAUGAAAUAUUAUGUCUAGUACAAAGACUUUUGAAGCAGUAAUUAAAAGAUUUUUUCAUGUUAAAGAAGGUAAUGUUAAAGGUUGUUUCAUAACUGUGAAUGAUUGAAUUUGUGCACAAAAGGGGGAAUAAAUAACGACAAAAACAAAAUAAACCACAAAAACAAAAAAGCAUCGGCUAUCGACCAAAUUGUUAUUUUAAACAUCGGUAUCGGCCCAGAUUUUCACAAUCAUUGCAUCCCUAGUUAGAAAUCAACAUAGUUGCUGAACCUUUCCUAGUUUAAACUUUUAACUUUUUCCUCCAUCAUCUGAAACGGCAUCUGAUUCCUGUGUUAAAUAAAAAUCCAACAGCUCAAAACUGCACUGACCUUCAAGCCGUGAUAACUUCGAACAAGACCUCAACCUUGUUACACACCUAACUCACUAUUUCUUCAGACACAUCAGGAAAAUCAACCAGAGCAAAAGUCCAACAAAAAAAACAUGAAAUACCAUUGACAGUUCCCAUUCACAGGAUGUAAUAUUACAUAAUGUUUUGUGUUUGUACAGGAUCACGAGUUAAUAAUUUUAUUUGGUUUGUCAGAAUUUUUUUUGUGUGGUCCUUUUGUGUUUUACAGUAUGUGUGCAAUGUCAUGACAUCACAAUCUCAAACUCAAAGUGCAGAAGUUUAAACAAGAAACUGAAUUUUGAGUGUGCUUUCUAUAAACGUCAAGUCAGGUUUAUUUAUAUAGCACAUUUCAUGCGACAAGCGCAGACUCAAUGUGCUUAAAAACAGAAACAUUGUGUCUGUUUUAAAAUUAUUUUUGAAAAGUUACUUUUUUCCCCUUAAAACACUGAACCUAUCUUGGUAUAGAUUUUAACUACCUUUGGGUAAUAUCAAAAAAAGAGUCCGAAAACUAUGAAAGUGAUAUCUAUAGAAUAUAAUUUAAUUUUUCUCAUGAUCUUGAUUUGUUAACUGAAACAUAAUCGUUAACAAUGGCGUUCAGCCUCUGUGGAGCUCAGACGUGGAAAUCUUUUUUCAAGGUGUUGUAAAGACUGAAUUCUGUAUUUGUGGAACCUGUGUUAAGUUUGUCAGACUAUUUAUUGUCUGACACCUGAGCAAUAUUUAAUUUAUCAUUUAAGAGCGAUGUGGUCACCUUAUAAAUGGUUUGUUACAUGCUUUAAAUGGGUAAAAAAAUUAAUACCCAGAAAGAGAGUUAUUUAAUAUGUACCUGAGAUAUUUUUAAAAUAAAAUAUCUAUAUGUGUACCUGACAUGUACUUGAUAUGUGGGCCUCCGUACGGUUUUAAACAGAAGAGUGUUCGUGUGAUGUUUUUGGUAGAUUUGUAGGUUUGGAUUCGAAUGACACAAAUUUUGUCAGCAAAACAGAACGGCACUAACUCAUCAGUAAUCUCUAACGGUUUUAUUUGAGUUGUUUUAAUGUUUCAGUUCAAGCAUUUGUUUGUAAAAGCUUGUUUUGAUAGAACAUUUUUUGCUUUAUAAAAAUGUAAAAAUGGUUACACAAA